CGAAAAAUGGCGCACCAAUUCAUUGUUUAGAUGCGUGAAAUGGCGUGAUAGUGAUAACCACUAAUCUUAAUCCCGUGUAUACAAGUUUCAAAUGCAGUUUCUCUUUAAUUAGACAUUUAAUACAUAUUAAACCUGGAUUUAAAUGUGUUUCAGAUGUAAAGUCAUAUCAAAUAUUUUUAUGAAAAUGUCAGACAAAGAAGUAAUAGAAAUGGAUAGAGUAACCGCUGCUGUCAAUACAAGUAAGGAACCUGAAGCUGAAAAUGUUGAUGCUAUAAAAAAAUAUAUGGAAGAGCAAGAAAGUUUUUUAAGGUGUUCAACUGACAAGGAUGUACUGAACCAUGUAAUAAAAGAUACAUAUAAAGGAAAUAAUCAAAACAGCUUAGAUUUAGAACUUCAACUUACAUUGUCCAAUAAUUCUGGUAUUGUUGAAAAGGAUUGUGAGAUAAAACAACAGACCUACAAGAUUGGUUCCGAGUCAGUGUACAGUGAAGAAACAACAAUGUCAGCAUCUCCAAACCAUUGUGUAUUAAACGAUUCCUUGUUAGAACUAGAGAAUGAAGAAACUCUUGCUAAUCAAGCAGCUGCAAAUUUACUAUCUUUGGGCCAAAACUGUCUAAAAAUGCAUAUAAAUAUAAAACAAAAAAAGUGUUCAGACGAAAUCAUAACCAAUGCUCAUGAAUGUACAUUCAAAUCCAAUGUAAAUAUUGAUGGUAAUAUAGAGUUGCCUGAUAAUUUAGAACUGCAUCAACAAUCAGAUGAACAAUAUGAGGAAAAUAAUAUUGAUUUAACUAGUACAAAUAUAAGUCCAAAGAAUUCUAAUGAUGAUUUACAUCUGAGCAAAGAAGAAAGUAAUAUACAAAAGUUAGACAAACAAGAUGGUAAUCAAAAAUUGUUAAACAUCUCUGGCUUAGACAAUAAAAAUAGGUAUACUAAAAAUGAGAACUUGCAACCAUCCACCUUACUGCAUAAACUACUAACUUGCACCAGUAACUCGAGUAGUGAAAUAAACAAAUCACUUUUCUUGGAUAAAGACACCAAAACAGUACAAGAAAAUAGAGAAGGUGAAGAAUCUUUGUCCAUAGCAACUAGUGUAAUGGAUAUGAUACUUAAUAAUGCUGAAGUGGCCAUAAGUAAGAAAAACGCUGGUGCAUUAUCUAAACAAUGUAUUAGUCCUGAGAAAGCCAACUCCAGCGUUUCUCUGGCGAUUGGAUCAAAAGUAGAAGCCAAAGAUUUCUGUGAGCUGUGGCAUCCUGCUGAGAUAGUAGAAGUGGACUGCGAAGAAAUGGAGGUCUUGGUGCAAUAUGACAAACAACCAAAAAUGCAUAAUGAAUGGAUAAGCAUAAGCAGCCCAAGAUUAAGACCUCUAAGCAGUAUAGUCAGAGAGGCAACAUCGCCUCCGCAUACACCAGUUUCAGAAGCGCUUACGGAACCUAAAGCAGAAGACAAAGUGAAAGUGACCUUUGCUGUAGGAGAACGAUGUUUGGCUCGAUGGAGGGACAACCGCCGAUUCAUUGCAACAGUACAAAACGACUUGGGAAAUGGUAAUUAUGAAGUUAUGUUCGAUGAUGGGUUUCAAUGGAAGUGCACUUUAUCUAGAAUGUACAAGCUAAAGGAAGCCAACGGGCACCAGGAUUACCCUCGGUUCGGAGCGGGGGCCGCGCCGCCGCCCGUCGCCGCGCCGCUGGCAGCGACACUGGACGCGCCGCCCGCGGCCCCCGCGCCCGCCGCGCCGCCGCCCUUGUACCACACUCACCUGUUUGACCCGACCCGUGAUUACCUAGGUUCCAAAAGCGAAAGGCGUGAGAUGAAGCGCAAGCUAAACAUCAAAGAAAUAUUCAAUAUUGGGCAGAAACGAAAAAAACUACAAACACUAGACAAAGAGUCCAAAAGUACCGUUGCUUCUAUAAAAGUAGAAAUAAAAUCUGAACCUGGUACUUUAUCAAAUGAAACUGCUCCAACAGCAGAACCUCCCUCAAAGGAAACCAUUCCUGAAUUACAAGUUAAAAAAAAUAGAGCAAAGAAGCCACCUGUCAAGAAAAAAACUCUUGGAAAGAAAAAAAUUAAAUUGAAAAACAUUGAUGGCAAAUCGAUAGUUUCUUCGUCAAAUGAUAUCAAGAAAGAAAAAAUACCAGAAGCCGUUGCAUCUAUUAUUGGCACAAUGUGUGCCCACGAACCUGAAGUCGAAGUUAAGACCGAGCCACCUGAAGUAGAAGUCAUGGAUUCUAAUGAUAUAAAGCCUGACGACCUGUCAAAUGCAUUGGACACAUGUAAUGCAGUAGUAAAACAAGACCUCGAUGUCGUAAUGGAAGAGGAAACAAAACCAUUUGAAAUUCAGGAUGGUGUCAAGCACGAGGACGUCAUCGGUAAAAUUAAGGAAGUGAUCACAAAGUUGGAAGAUGGCAUCAACGAAGUGGAAAAGAAAGAAAUAAAACCUGAAGUGGUUAAAGAAGAAAUAGUACCGGACGUCGUGCAGCCGGUCGUAAACCCGGUAGAAACUAAUGACAAAGUAAAGCAAAAGAAAUCAAAAAGUUCGUCGAAAGUAAAAAAAGGAAAGAAGCUGAGGUUGAUGCAAGAGAAAAAGGUUAAAAAGCAAGUGGAGAAGGUGAAGUGUCAGUUGGAGGAGAUGAAGAAGCAGGUGGAGGCGAUGCGGCAGGAGAUCAUGCUGAAGACGGAGGAGCUGGCGAGCUCGCGGCGCGGCGAGUGCGCGGCGCCCGAGGCCGCGCUGCUGCCCGGCGAGUGGUGCGCGCGCUGGGUCGACGGCCAGCCCGAGGGCGCCGUCAGCGAGGCGCCCGCCACCGGCGACUCGCCGCUCCCGCGCCGCAGCGUCAUGGUAGAGGACAAGCGGCUGCCGCCGGGUUGGACCAAACACAUGGUGCGCCGGAGCCUGGGCAGCUCGGCCGGCAAAUGGGAUGUAGUUUUAGUAAGCCCGGAAAAUCGUAGGCUUCACACAAAGAACGAUAUGCGGAUGUACCUAGAGAACAACCCACAGCCGGAGCUGAAGCCCUACGAGGCCGCUCUGAUGGACUUCGGCAUCCACCUGAAGUUGUCGCGGCGGCUCGGCUGGGUGCGCUCCUCCGCCGAGGGCGCGCCGCCGCCGCCGCCGCCCUGCCGCGAUCUGCCCGCCUCGAGCCCGCUGCUCAAGCGAUCCAAACUGAGCCUCAACAAGAACCACCACAAGUUGAUGCACCACAAAAAGCGACCCAAGCUGAAAAUCAAACCUCUGCGACCGCCCCCGGUUUUGGCUGCGUCCGGCUUGCAUCAGAAUUCUAAGGAAACCAAUAUGUGUUCUGAGCCAAGUGUAGCAGAGGAAGCUGUUCUUGACGGCGCCAGUAUUAAAGAUGGAUUUGUUGAUGUCGGUUCGUUAAGAGUUCAAGUUAUUGCGACUCUGCUGCGAUGUCCCGCCGAAGGGUGUUUUAAGAAUUUCCGAAAUACUACGUUACUAAAAAUGCAUAUCAAACAUUACCAUAGGGAGCUCCGAAAGACAAUGGGCAACACUCCUAAGGUUUUAGAUUUAGCUUACGCCAGGACCAGGCCGAGCGAAGCGGAAAUGAAACUGUUAAAACGUGAAGCGCAACAGAGGAUCAUUAAAGUGAAGCUGCCGCGGCUACAGAAGCGGGCGGAGGCGCCGGCGCCCGCUGCGCCUCCGGAGCCCGCGGCCGCGCCGCCGGCGCCGCCUGCCGAGCCCGCCGCCGCCGACGCGCCGCCCCGCCCCGUCGACUCGCCCAAGCUGCGGGACGCGCUCGCCGUCAAGCCGGCCAAGCGGCCCCGCGUACUACUACCCGUGCGCACUAAAGAACCGGAGCCGACAUUGGAACCGGAGAAUGUCGCGGCCGACCCGCCUCCGCCUCUCGUCAAACUAGAAAACGCCGAAACCGAAGACGAUCUACUCGUGCCGAAACAAGAGAUACCCGAUUGUGGCGUCUUGGACUUUGAAACUGCGAUAUCGACGCACACCGUAACGAAAAUGGUGAACGGCAACAGGAUUAAAAGCGAGAAGAGGCGUAAGACUUUCGCUUGUAUAGGGAAACUGGCGAGCGAGGACGAGGAGUGGGCGGGGGGCUCCUCGGACACGCGCUCCAGCUACCCGAGCUGCGGCACGCCCGACUCGGCGCGCGCCGACGCCGACGACCUGGCGCCCGCCGCCGCCGACGACAACCACUCCGCCGCCGCGCACCUCUACAUGUACACGGAGAACGGUGAGCGCAUCAAGCUGGUCCGCAUGAAGCGCGAGGAGAUCAUCAACUGCCACUGCGGGUUCCGCGAGGAGGACGGGCUCAUGGUGCAGUGCGAGCUGUGCCUGUGCUGGCAGCACGCGCUCUGCCACAACAUACAGCGCGAGGCCGAGGUGCCCGAGAAGUACACGUGCAGCAUCUGCCUGAACCCUCGGCGCGGGCGGCGGCGGCAGCGGUUCAUGCACGACCAGGACCGGCUGUACGAGGGGCUGCUGCCGGGCCCGGGCGGCGGCCGCGCCUGCGACGCGCUGCGCCGCGCGCACGAGCUCUCCGGCAACCUGCUGCGCAUCGAGGACGCGCUGCACGCCGUGCGCGUCAACACGCGCGUCGCACAGACAAAGAACCAUCCGAAAUUGUACCUGUGGGCCAGAGAUUGGGAAUCUGUUGAAUUAUCGUUCGCUCAAGAAAAAUUAAACUCCGAAUAUUCAGACCUGAAUGUGAUCAUCAAUAACUUGGGAAAGGAGAACUUGCCUAUUAAGGCGGAAGAUUUAAAAGAAAUGGCCUUAGAUAUGAAGACUCCUUCUGAUGAACCAGAGGAAAAACAUAACCCAUUGGAAAAAGAGAACCAAAUAGGAUCUCAGGCUUUACUUAGCGGGUUGUUGUCGAGUCCCGACGCGGCCUCUCUGGACCUGCCCAUCACGGAAUCCGAACUAGACAAGCUGGCUAAAUCUGUGCAUGAGCACGAGAGCAGGGCGCGGGUGCGCGCGCCGCAGCCCGAGGCCGCCAUCGAGAACAGCGCCUGCCGCGCGCGCCUGCUGCGCCACAUCCAGCGCUGCCACGCGCUGCUCGACCAGCGGCUCGACUCCAUCGAGGCGCAAGUCGCAGAGCUAGAGUCGCAAGACGCGUCGCUCGAGGACGACGAGUCGCCGGAGUUCUGCCCGCGCGCCAAGCAGACGCUGGUGAUGAUCGCGCGCGACCUGGACACCAUGGAGGAGCUCGGCAUCGUCACCUAACACGCGCCGCCCGCGCCCCCCGCUCCCCUCGCGCCCCUAGCGCCCCCAGCGGCCGUCCGCGCGGGCUAGACCACAUGCGCAUUAGCGGGUUACCGCACCAGCGGUUUGGCGACACAUAAUGACAGGACAUUAUUAAUUUUGAAUCGUUUUCAUUUCGGUCAGUGUUGGGUCAAUCCAAGCAGUGUAACGUUUUCCAAUUGGAAUAGUAUCAUUGUCAAUACGAGAAUACACUAAAACAAAGUGAUGACCCUGUUGAAGAGGCCGAUCACCGGCGCAGCAGUGCAGCGAAGACGGUCGGCGGACCCACAAAACCAACACCGAACGACAUCAACUAUACGAGUCUGAUUUGCGACAGUUGGUGUAAAAAAUAUGGACUAUGAAAUAAAAUGCCUCAUUGAACAUUUUGAUUGCUGCUCAUACUUGGUUAUGGUAUUGUCGUAUUUGUAGGAAUUAGAAACGAUAGUUUGUAAUAAAUCCUGUGCAUCAAAUGCAAAGACAAGUGCUUAGCAACCAGCUGAAUUGUCGGCGCUGUAAUUAACGUUUAGUUAGUCUGUAACAGGCGCUAAAUUAACCAACAUUAGGCAUUAGUAGACACAACACAAAGGUUACCUGUGAAUGUUAAUAAUAUAAGAUAAAAUUCUGUAAAGUAAAUGUUUUCACCCAGUGGAUGAAGUGAAGUAGUUGUUAGUCGUUGCUGCAUAUUUUUGUAAAGGCCAUAGCCGUAUUAGGAUAAGUUAAGUGGUCGUCCCGUAACUUUCAGUGUGUAGUUUAUUAGUGCCUCCGCUGUCUUGCGCGGGUGUACGGAGCCGGUUGAGCGCCUAUUGAAAAAUAGGAGUCCAAGUCUUAAACUACGUAAUCACAUGCGAAAGUAAACUAAUCAACUUACUGGGGUUUUGAAACCAGUUUUAAUGAUAAAUGUUUAAUAUAUUUGAAAAGUACAAGUACAUUUCCAUAUUUUUAUUAUAUGAAAGAUCCUUUUGAUUUGUAUUUAUUGAGUUUAUGAAAUAAAUAAGUGACAUUUAACUGAAUUUAGAAACGUACACCAAAAAAAUAUUGAGUAUUAUAGUCGUCGAGUUCAGCUGAUUAUUGGAGUUGGAAUUUCUAUUCUUAUUUUUUUCGUUCUUGUAUUAAGUACGAAAUGGUACAGUCGCCAUCAUAUAUAUCGGAGCGGCCAAGGUGCUCACAAAUAGCUGAGCACGCCUCUAUUGUCAAGGCGUUAGAGUGCUUGUUCAGAUAUUGUGAACACCUUGGCCGCUCCGAUAUAUCUGAUGGCAACUGUACGACCGGAAACAUGAAUUAAAUUAUAUUGUUAGACAAACAUUCUACAAAUUUUAUUGUUACAUAUGCUACUUAAUUAUAUCCUAUUGACGUGGUGUCUAUGCAAAAUACCAAAUACAAUUUGUACAUUAUAAUCUCUAAUAACAGUAAUAAUGGAACUGUUUCGUUUACAUGAGAAUCUGACUCCCCCUACAAACACACGUCGUCUAUGUAUUAAGAGUCAUAUUUCUCUGCAGUUGGCUGAUGUACAUGCCAACAAAGGAGUUAAAGAAAAAUACUAUGUGAAACACUAAAUGUAAUUGAGCCAUUUAAAUGCAAUAUGAAUGUCUAAGUAAUGUUGAAUUACUUAUAUAUUUGUCAUUAUUAUAUUUGGUAUCCUAACAAAAGAACACUGAGGUUUCCUUAAUGGUAAUCUUGUAAAGGAAAUUCAUUCUUAUAGUAAAUAACUUAAUUUUCUUCAACAUUAUUAAAAAGAGGUGAUACACGUGUUUGUAGCUCGUGAGUUCAUUUACACAUUACAGCUGUCGUUCGUUGGCCUAAUUGAAUAAAUAAACUGCCAAACACACUACGUGGUACACCGGCCACAUGACUAAUCCUAAGAGAAACACCUAGCCACGUGUACCGCGUAGUUGUACCUCUACCCUAGGGCUCACAAAUCGACGGCCCAAUAUUACAGGGUCCUAUGUUACAUUUUUAAGAUAGUUGAAAUUCGACUUAAUGUCACUAUGACAAUGUUCACCUGUAAUAUUGGGCCAGCGAAAUGUGAACCCGUUCGCUGCAUACACGAUACCACGUCCCCGACGCUGAACAUGUUAUCGUUGUAUAUCCGGACUUUAUUUGACGAAAGUAGUUAAUUUGUAGAAAACUCUUUUAGUGUAAGCUUUAAUUGUAACAUGUUAAUACAAUAAUAAUAAUAAUUACCUACAUUAAACUAUUUUCAUAAACA